ACUCCGUGUAUUACAUUGUAGAUCAGGACGCGCUCUUCUGGAUCACUGUAAUAAGAUGUAUAGGAGUCAAAGAUACAUAGCGAAUGUAAACAUUAAAAUAAUCGUUCCGCCCUCGUUUUUUGGCACAUCACAUGACUUUGAUGGAACCCGGGGCUCAUGAGGCAAGACUCUUAUCAACUUAUCACCGCCAACAACCGGUUUUAAAGGGGCAGCGCUACUUCGAGGCAUCAUGGCGGAGUACAGCAGACCUAUCACGCUCGGUCGGGCUCUGUCUCUUCCAACUCUGAUUGAAAGAGACGAUGUUUCUUCGACAAACGUUCAACUCCACCCGUCCCGAAGGAGAAAGCUGUCCAGCUGCAGCUCGCUGGAGAAGUUCGACCGGGUGUCCUCACCUUGCACAAACGAGUCACGUGUCCUCGUGAUAAAUACCGGGGGUACCAUCGGGAUGAUGUUACAUGAUGGCGGUUAUGCCCCUAAAGCCAAUGCCCUUGUGGAGAGCCUGCGCAAGCUGCCCAUCCUGCAUGAUGAGCUAUAUGCCUGUCAGACCUGCCUGUAUGAGUACUACAGACUCGAGAACACGCUGGUCCUGCCGCCGAGUAAGUUAAAUAAGAGGAUAAUCUACACGAUCCUGGAGUACAAUCCUCUGCUCGACUCCUCCAACAUGACCACGGAUGACUGGGGCCGAAUUGGCAAAGACAUUGAGAAAAAUUAUGAAAACUUUGAUGGGUUUGUGAUCCUUCACGGCACGGACACCAUGGCUUACACAGCAUCUGCUUUGUCCUUUAUGUGUGAGAAUUUGGGGAAACCGAUUGUUCUCACUGGUUCUCAGGUGCCGAUCUAUGAGUUGAGGAAUGAUGGCAGAGACAACCUGCUGGGAGCGCUGCUAAUUGCGGGCCAUUUUGUCAUUCCUGAGGUGUGCCUGUAUUUCUACAACAAACUCUACAGAGGAAAUCGUGUGACUAAGGUGGAUACCGGGAGUUUCAACGCGUUCACUUCUCCCAACUUGGCUCCUCUAGCCACCGCUGAAGUGGAUUUUAAAAUUAACUGGGACACUGUGUGGAGGGCAAACACUACUGCAAAGUUUCAAGUCAGAACUGAGCUGAACAGGAACGUGGGUCUGCUCAGGUUGUUCCCAGGAAUCACUGCGUCAACAGUCAGGGCUUUCCUGCAGCCGCCCAUGCAGGGCAUUGUCCUGGAGACCUACGGAAGUGGAAAUGCUCCCGAUAACCGUCCUGACCUUUUGGAGGAGUUGAGUAAGGCCACCGACGCUGGUGUCAUCAUAGUCAACUGCACACAGUGUCUGAGGGGCACUGUGUCAGCCUCCUAUGCCACUGGAAGGGUGUUGAUGGAUGCAGGCCUGAUAACUGGCAGUGACAUGACUCCUGAAGCUGCCUUGUCAAAACUGUCCUACGUUCUGGCUAAGAAAGAACUCACUUUGGAUGCUCAGAAAAAGUUGAUGUCUCAAAACCUGCGAGGUGAAAUGAUCGCCGACCUCGAAGGAGCCAAACUGUGUCUGAGCGACAACAGGUUCAUCCAGGUCAUUGCCAAGUCUCUGAGCGUUAGCUGCAAGGAGGAGCUGGAAGCCAUACGUGAUGCCCUAACUCCUUCGCUGGCAUGUGCUGCUGCUAAGAUUGGGGACACAGAGGCCUUAGAAGCCCUUAAAGAAAUGGGAAGCGACUUGCGUCUGGGUGACUUUGAUGGACGCACGCCUCUGCAUGUUGCUGCUUGCGAGGGUCACCUCAGACUUGUGCAAUACCUGCUCAAUCAGGGAGCUUCCGUCCAUGCCAAAGAUCGCUAUGGAGACACGCCCCUGUGCAACGCCGUGCGCUUCAGGCACAAGGAAGUCGUGAGGCUGCUGAGAAAGACCGGAGCCCACUUCUCAAGAGAGCAGAUGGAAGAAGCAGGAACUGAGCUGUGCAGCCUCGCGGCGAGUGGUGAUAAAGACGGCCUGGAUAUCUGGAGGAUCGCCGGGGCAGAUAUGACCAAGCCAGGCUACGACGGAAAGACGGCUAUUGAAGUGGCUCAAGCUGCAGGUAGCAAGGAUGUGGUGGAGUUUUUAACUUCGAACAUAACCAGCAAAUCCAUGACCAUAUUUGGAGAAUUAAAUGAAUAUGAUGAAUAUAAUAUUGAUGAUGAUGAUGAGAUUCUGAACUGGUCUGCUUUCCUCUCCGUGUUGAAGAAAAGCAUCCCUGUAGCAUGAUGUGGGUUUUUUCUUGUCGCUCUUUUAUAAGGACCUGAUUUGUGGACUGUUGUCCCGUGGAUCUCUGCAACUCCUCCAGAGUUACCAUGAGCCUCUUUGCUGUCCUUUUUAGUUUAGACCAACCUCAUCUGUCCAGCUAAAUAAUUGUUUAAAGCUGCAAAUGUUACAUGACCUUUCGAAAACAGACAACAUAAUUUUUAAUAAAAGUCUACAAAAAAAAUUUUUUUUGUCAUUUUUAAGGAACCACCAUUUUAUUUUUAUUUUUAGGUUCUACACUAAAGAUAAACAUAGUUUCCAACCCAAUGACAAGAAAAAAAAAUAUUUCUGGUACUUUUGUUGUCAUUCUGCUGUGGAAUUUCAAUUCAAUUGUUCCAUGAAAAAAACCCUGAAAAACUACUAAAAACCUGCAACCUGGGUUAUCAUAUCUAUAUUUAAAAACAUUGGUUAUUAAAUAUAACCAUAAACGGUGGUAGAGUGGUUAUCACUGUUGCCUUGCAGCAAGAAGGUCCAGGGUUUGCCUCCUGCCUGGAGGUCUUUCUGCAUGGAGUUUGCAUGUUCUAGGCCUCCCAGAGUCCAAAAACAUAACUGUUAGGUUAAUUGGUCUCUCUCAAUUGCACUUUGGUAUGAGUGGGUGUAUGCAUGUUUGUUUCUCCUGCACACACUAAUCUUACAUGUGUGUAAAUGUGCUUGUGUAGAAAUCCUGAAACAGUUGUCAUGUCUUUCAGGACUUAGUAUCCUUUCUUU